UAAUUCCAAUAGGUGGUACGCCAAUGUUAUUAUUAUUGUGCAAUUAAUGGCAUCAACUAUACCUAUUUAAGCAAGUUUUAUGUCAAUGCGGACAAAAGUGCAACAUAAAAAUCACAUCAUGAAAUUGGCAUUAAUUCUCUUAUCAUUAUCCAUUGCUACGGUAUUGGGUACCAGUCCAAUCCAGAGUCCACCACAUCCGUGUCAAUGUUGGCCAGAAUGGAACCCGGUUUUAGAAGGGGCAGAUUAUCAUUGUAAAGAUUCGAGAUCCGAGAAAACUUUCCACUGCAACAUCGAAAUACCGCCGAUUUGUACUUGCAAGCAAAAUGGUUCCCUAGUUAAACUACCCUUGGGGGAAGUUAAUUGUGUGGGAGGAGGACACAACGACUACGACAACACAAAUUGCGAAACUACUCCGGAAUGGGAGGCUUGGUUCAAUAAGAAUCCUCAAUACAGGCUUUAUCAUUGAAAAUUAUGUUUGUAUAUAAUCUAUCAUAUAGAAUUUUAGUGUUUUGAGCAUUGAAAUUUGAGUUUUUUUCUUA